CUUCCUCUCCCUCCCUGGCUGGGCACCAGGCCCAGCCACUUCCUGCCCAGGCAGACAGCCCGAGCUGCGGGGGCCCGCAGGAGCGGCCGGGGGUGCUAGGAGCCCAGGUUGCUGUGACGGCUCCUGUCAGCACUGCACAGGCCGGGAAUAGGCACCUGCUGCCCUCAUGGAGGCGGGGCCCUCCGGAGUCGUCCUGCUGACGCAGAUCAUACCCCAGCCCCACUCGUCAGCCUCCUCUGCCCCACCACGGCCCCUGCGGAAGUUCUACCAGGGGGAGCCACUGGCUCUGGGCAUCACACAGAUACUCACGGGCAUUGUGCAGAUAGCUUUUGGCAUCAUCCUGACCCUGACGAAUGACCACCACCAAGUGGCGAUAAAGGUGGGGACCCCCUUUUGGACUGGGAUCCUGUACAUCCUUUCGGGGUUCAUUUGUGUGGAGGCUGCCAAGAACCCCAAGAUCUCACUGGUGAAGGGCAUGCUGGCUAUGAAUACCCUCAGCGCCAUAGUGGCCGGAGUGGGGAUCAUCAUCUGUUUGUUCUCGUUUGUCUUCUACUACCCGGGAGUAACCUGCUACUGGAUCGAGGAGUCCAAGUCCUGCGCGCCGACCUCCCGAGUGCCCACGGAUACCAUGUUCGGGGUGGUCAUGAUUCUCCUGGUCUUCACCAUCCUGGAGUUCUGUGUCUCCAUCUCCAGUGCUGCCUUCGGGUGCAAAACACUCUGCCGGGACAGCUACAGCGACACGUCUGUGGUGAUUUAUCAGAACAUGGGGCCUCCAGCUGCCCUCGCCAAUGACCCCCCCAAAGCUCCGCCCCCUUACCAGGACACCCAGACCCCUUGAGCCAUGCCCCACUUCACCUGCUGACCGACCCCAACCACUCCGAGUUGCUGCCGGCUCUGCAAUGGCCCCCAGGGGGGGCAGCGCAGUAUCUGGGCCAGCAUUGUGGAUGGUGACGACUGGGACUCACUCCUGAUGGUGCCAUCUACACUAACAGUGUGACAGCUUCCUUCUGCGGGAUUUAAAGGGACGGUGCGAGGCUACAGUGUGGCAAAUUACAGUUUCUUUCUUUCUUUCUUUCUUUCUUCUCCCCUGCCGACAGGAUCUGAUUCCUCUCUGCUGCGCAUUCACCCCUGAUCUCCCUACACCCAAUAAACGUGUUUCAUACGAACGACCA